CGGACCCGGCGUCCCGGCUCUGAAGCGCUUCCGCGCCGCCCGCGCAGUGCGCAGGCGCGUCGCCCGCGGCCGUUGACUUUCAAAGGCCGCCCGCGCACUCUCAUUGGCGGAGGCGGCGCGGUUGAAAGUCGCCCCGAGGCGGCUGUGGCGCCGCGAGGCUCCGCCCCUCCCGGGCACCUGAAGACUCGGGCGAGCGGCGUGCAGUGUCCGCCCCUGCCCGCCCGGGAGCCUCCGCCGUCUGCGUCGUCGCCUGCCUCGCUCGCGAAUAACAAAAGAACUUGGAAAAGUUGGAGAAGAUAAAGUAUAUUCAGUAUCCAGAUCAGGAAAUCAACAAACCAGGAAAUGCACAAUUUUGAGGAUGAGUUAACGUGUCCCAUUUGUUACAGUAUUUUUGAAGAUCCUCGAGUACUGCCAUGCUCUCAUACAUUUUGUAGAAAUUGUUUGGAAAAUGUUCUUCAGGCAUCUGGAAACUUUUAUAUAUGGAGACCUUUGCGAAUUCCACUCAAGUGUCCGAACUGCAGAAGUAUUAUUGAAAUUGCUUCAACUGGUAUAGAAUCCUUACCUGUAAAUUUUGCAUUAAGAGCAAUUAUUGAAAAGUACCAGCAAGAAGACCACCCAGAUGUUGUCACCUGCCCCGAACAUUACAGGCAGCCAUUAAAUGUUUAUUGUCUACUAGAUAAAAAAUUAGUUUGUGGCCAUUGUCUUACUAUAGGCCAACAUCAUGGUCAUCCUAUAGAUGACCUUCAAAGUGCCUAUCUGAAAGAAAAGGAUACACCUCAGAAAUUGUUUAAACAGUUAACCGACACACACUGGACAGACAUCACUCAUCUUAUUGAAAAGCUUGAAGAACAGAAAUGUCAUUCUGAGAAAAUGGUUCAAGGUGAUAAGGAGGUUGUUCUCCAGUAUUUUAAGGAGCUUACUGAUACAAUAGAACAGAAGAAAAAAAAUUUUUUGGCGGCUCUGUCUGAUGUUGGCAAGCUGAUUAAUCAAGAAUACACUCCACAGAUUGAAAGAGUGAAGGAGAUAAGAGAACAACAACUUGAGUUAAUGACAGUGACUACAUCUUUACAAGAUGAGUCUCCACUUAAAUUUCUAGAAAAAAUUGAUGAUGUCCGCCAACGUGUGCAGAUGUUGAAACGAAGACCACUUCCUGAGGUCCAGCCUGUUGAAAUUUAUCCUCGAGUAAGCAAAGUAUUAAAGGAAGAGUGGAGCAGAACAGAAAUUGGACAUAUUAAGAAAGCUGUCAUUCCUGAAAUGAGGAUUUCUUCAAAAAGGAUGUCAUGUUCCUGGCCUGACAAGGAUGAAGAAGAAAUUGAGUUUUUUAAAAUUUUAAAUAUUGCUAUAGUUUCACUAAUUUCAGUGAUAUUAAUGUUGAUACUCUUUUUCAACCAACACAUAAUCACUUUCUUAAAUGAAAUCACUUCAAUAUGUUUCUCCGAAGUCUCUUUGUCUGUUUACCAAAGUUUAUCCAAUAACUUAUGUGACUUAAAAAAUAUGGUAUGCUACACUUUAUAUUUGUUAAAGGAAUUCAUGUGGAAAAUAGUUUCUCGUUGAAAAUCCAAACCAACAGCUUAAGUGGGCUUAUUCUGUAUUGCAGAGGCUGACCAUUGCUAGAUGGAAGUCAGGGUAACAUAACUUAUAUAGAAAUAUGAUAAAUCUUCCAUGGUUGGAUAGAAAUGGUGUCAGAAAUGAUACAUAUCUGAAAGAUAAAUUAGAAAAUUAUUUUUGAUUUGAAUAUUUUAUUGGCUUGAUAGUCAAUGUUGUAUUCUGCUUAACAAUUUUCUUUAAUGUUAUAUACUGCAGUAGUUAGCUUUGCAGUUCUUUGUGUAUGUAGGUAUUAUAUUAAAAAAAAAAAAAAAAGACGACAAGAGCCUUGAGAUUCACAUUCCUGUUUUGGCAUGAUUUGAAGCUUUUCAAUGUGGAGGUGGAGGUGGCAAGUUUUAAAAGUCAGGCCAGGAUUGCCUAAACAUCUUUUUGGCCAAACGUAACUGUUAAUAAAUUUUAAGAGCAUUCAUUCCAAAUAGAGCUACUGCUUUUGGAUAAAUCAAGUGUGUAGUACUUGUUUUGUAUAAAUAGAUUGUAUUUAGGAGCUGAGUUUAAUGGCUAGAGAAUCUGAGUCAAGGUCAGCCUGGAGAUUAAGUGAGAUGCCCAAAACCAACCAAAUGAAAUCUACUGGCUCUAGUACCAAAAAGUAAUACAAGCACAUAUUUUGCGUUUGUGGUGCUUUAGUCUUGUUCUUAGAUAUUAGUAGAUCUGGUAUCACGAAAACUCUGUCUGAAAAUGGUCUCUGUAGCCCAAGUGUUGUGAAUAACAAGUAUGAGCUGCAGUGUACAUUGCUGGCUAGUCUUAAGAGCUUAUGAAGGCAGAACCUUUGAUUCCCUUAACAGGAAUUAGUGUGUCUACAGUGUAACUUUGGUUCACUGCCAUUGAAAUAUUGAACACAAACUCAUUUUUAUCCAGAAAUCCCAAAUAGGCUUUUCUUCAGUCAUCAUUCCUGGGGACCUAUUUCAAAGGUCAUAUUAUGGAAUGCUAUUAAUCCUUUAGAUUCACUAUAAAGCUGUAUUCAGAAGUCAAGGUUAAAACAAUGUUGAGACGUUUAUCACUAAGAAUAAGUCAUUAGGUCUAUUUAACAGAAUCAGAUUUUCCCAGCAGUUACUGUACCUAUAUCCUGAGGCCUUUUGGAAGAUGUAACAGGUGAAGGGAAACCAUGUUCAGUUCUUCACAGAUGCAUGUCACACUGUUACUUUUAAGUGUAAAUAUUAGCAAGCAAAGAAUGUUCACUAAGACAUUGUUUAAGGGGUUCACAACUUUGUAUAAAUGGAGAAACAUCAAAAUAAUGCAGUGCCAUGUUAGGAGUUGGAAGAAUUUGUUUUCUCAGUGCAUAUUGCUUAAAAAAGAGAAGACUAAAACUGAUGUUUAACUGAAACCAAUAUAAACAGGCAUAUGCCUAGUGUUUAUAUAACCCUUUGUUUUCUGGUAAGAGUAACUAUAUAUGCUCAGUUAUAUUUUUGCCAGGAGGUUGAGAUUGUACAAUUUAAAGUACACACUUUGGAAAUUAUGGGCUUUAUGUGUAACAGUAUAUUUGAAUAAAUUUGGAAUUUUACUGAAUGGCUUAGGAAUUUUCAUACAGCUUCUGGAUUAUCUUUUUUGAAAAAUUAGCUUUGAAUUCCAUCAUACUAGUUAUUAAAAUGUAGUUUCAUUCACUUUCACA